AUGUUUGCAGACUUUAAUUUGCUGUCGUUGUCCCAUCUGUCCACUCGUGCCAUUAAUCUGAGUGUUCGCUUGUGUGUGUUUUCAUUGCAGAAUUUCUGCAGCCGCGCUGCUCUGGAAGCUCUUGGCUCCUGUCUUAACAACAAAUACUCUGAAGGCUACCCAGGAAAAAGGUAUUAUGGUGGAGCAGAAGUGGUUGACCAAAUUGAGCUGCUCUGUCAGAAGCGAGCUCUGGAGGCCUUUGACCUGGAUCCAGCUCAGUGGGGCGUCAACGUCCAACCGUACUCUGGCUCUCCUGCCAACUUUGCCAGUUACACCGCUGUACUCAAUCCCCACGAUCGUAUCAUGGGCCUGGACCUGCCUGAUGGUGGACAUCUGACUCACGGCUACAUGUCUGAUGUGAAAAGAAUCUCUGCAACCUCAAUCUACUUUGAGUCAAUGCCUUACAAGCUAAAUACUGCAACAGGACUUAUAGACUACGACCAGAUGGAGAUGACGGCCAAGCUGUUCCGGCCCAAGCUCAUCAUCGCUGGCACCAGUGCCUAUGCCCGGCUCAUUGACUAUGCCUGCAUCAAGAAGCUGUGCACCAACAUCAAUGCCUACCUGCUUGCUGACAUGGCUCAUAUUAGUGGCCUGGUGGCAGCCAAAGCCAUCCCCUCACCCUUUGAACAUGCUGACCUGGUCACCUCCACCACGCACAAGUCCCUCCGUGGAGCAAGGGCUGGUCUCAUCUUCUAUCGGAAGGGUGUUCGCUCAGUUGACAAAAAGGGAAAGGAAAUCAUGUACGACCUCGAGGACAGGAUCAACUUUUCUGUCUUCCCCUCCCUGCAGGGUGGACCUCAUAACCAUGCCAUUGCAGGUGUAGCAGUGGCACUCAGACAGGCACAGUCUCCCCUGUUUAAGGAGUAUAUUGACCAGGUGCUAAAGAAUGCCAAGGCUAUGGCUGCAGCUCUUCUCAGCAAAGGCUACACUCUGGUAUCAGGUGGGACCGACAACCACCUGGUCCUCGUGGACCUGCGACCUAAGGGUAUUGAUGGUGCUCGAGCUGAGAGGGUGCUCGAGCUUGCGUCAAUCACCGCCAAUAAGAAUACCUGCCCCGGAGACAAGAGCGCCCUGACGCCUGGUGGCCUCAGACUUGGUGAGAAACGGCUUCACAUCACACUGUGUUUGCUGGACACACACCAGGAGGUGGUCAUACUUAUUAAGGAUUAGAAACCACGUGCUUCC